AUGCCCAUGGAGAACGACAAUGGCCUCGCUGGCAACGUCGUCGUCACCGCCGAGCAAGCCACCAAGGUUAGCGAGACUGACGGAAGGUUGCCCGAGAAUCGCCAGACCGGUGUUGUCUCAGAAGCCGGAAGUGGUAGCGAUAAAGGAGAGGAAGGGGUGGAGGCGGCAGUGGCUGUGGCGGUGGAGGAGACCGGAUCGAAUUUGGUCGGAGAGCUACCUCCCCGAUCUUCCUCCGGUAGAGUUCCGUUCACUAAUCUAAGCCAGAUUGAUGCGGAUCUCGCUCUCGCUCGCACGCUCCAGGAACAGGAGCGGGCGUAUAUGAUGCUGACAAUGAACAGUGAAAUUAAUGACUAUGGGAGCUGGGAAACUGGGAGCUACGUAUACGAAGAGGAUGAGUUUGAUGACCCCGAGAAUGAGGAUGACGAUGACGACGAGUAUGAAACUGAUUUGGAUCCUCAGGAAGAUGCGUCAGAUGUGCACGCCCAUGAAGAUGAUCAAGAAGACGAGGGCGGAAACUCUGAGACUGAAGAAGCUGCUUAUUCAGAUGAUGAGGCCUAUGCUAGAGCUCUUCAGGAAGCUGAAGAGAGGGAAAUGGCAGCUAGAUUGUCUGCUUUAUCUGGGUUAGCAGAUCGGGUUGAAGAUCUAGAGGAUGAGGAUCAUACUUCUCAGGAUGCCUGGGAUGAGAUGGAUCCUGAUGAGCUUUCGUAUGAGGAGCUGCUUGCUCUGGGCGAAUUUGUGGGAACCGAGAGUAGAGGAUUGUCUGCUGAUACAAUUGCAUCUUUGCCUUCAAAAAGAUAUAAAGAGGGAGACAAUCAGAACGGAACCAAUGAGUCGUGUGUUAUAUGUCGUUUGGAUUAUGAGGAUGACGAUGAUUUGAUACUGCUACAAUGCAAACAUUCUUACCACUCGGAGUGCAUAAAUAACUGGUUGAAGAUAAACAAGGUUUGCCCUGUAUGCAGUGCAGAAGUUUCAACUUCCUCCGCUGGAACCUAA